AACAAAUAAGCACAUAAAUUCGUAAAUAAAUAAUACGUUUCCUGGUUUUCUGUGAAAACAGAUUGGUUCCCAUUAGUGACAUAGAAGCGAAUACACCAUGUCCAGUUUGAAAACAGACCGGCUACCUCUUCGAACGGCACAGGCUGCACCACGGGAGCAGAUAAACAUGGUCAAACUGAUCAACCCAGACACGCCUCAGCGAACAAGAAUAAAUCAGAUAAACGCAGUGCAAAUAUGAUCGAUAGUCUAUUUCAGUAACAUCAUAUAUAAGGCUAAUGACUGCCUAAGCCACUGUUUGCUGAUUAAGUAGGUUUGGGCAUAUGUAGAGAAGACUGGCUUACAUUCUGCGCUGGAUCCUAUACAAAUCCAACUGGAUAACGGAAAAUACACGAAAUAAAAGCGACUCCUUUAACAAGGUAGACAUUGUCUUCUUGUGUUUUUUUGCUUCUUGACUGGAGCUCAUUUAGGAUUUUAAUUUUUAUGGAGAGGAAUAACUAGCUGCAAAUCAUGCUACUUUGCCCACUGAAGAGGAUGCAUCCGCAUGCUACGCAACAUGGUCCUUGAUUAUUAUUAUACAGUAAAUACAUGUAUUGCAUCAGGGGAGUUAUGACUUCUGCUUUUGGAGGAGAAAUUAUGGGUUUUAACAUCACAGCAGUCACGGAUAGUGAUAUAGCAGAAAAAGACUCCUCAGUUCGAGUUUUGACUGGCUGCUUUCUGUCACUGUUGAUACUGACAACUCUACUGGGAAACACCUUGGUCUGUGUUGCUGUUACAAAGUUUCGCCACUUAAGAUCUAAAGUAACUAACUUCUUUGUAAUAUCCCUGGCUGUUUCUGAUUUGUUAGUUGCAAUUUUGGUGAUGCCUUGGAAAGCUGUGACAGAAAUAGCUGGGUUUUGGCCCUUUGGUUCCUUCUGUAACGUCUGGGUGGCAUUUGAUAUAAUGUGUUCCACGGCCUCUAUUUUAAACCUUUGUAUCAUCAGCGUGGACAGAUAUUGGGCUAUCUCAAGCCCAUUCAGAUACGAGAGAAAGAUGACCCAAAAAGUGGCUUUUAUCAUGAUAAGUGUUGCAUGGACCUUGUCAGUGCUGAUCUCUUUCAUUCCAGUGCAACUGAACUGGCACAAGGCUCAAGUUACCAGCUUUAUGGCAUUCAAUGUCAGCUAUGAAGGUUCGCUGAUGGAUAACUGUGACUCAAGCCUGAACCGAACCUAUGCCAUCUCUUCUUCUUUGAUUAGCUUUUACAUACCAGUUGCAAUCAUGUUAGUCACCUAUACUCGGAUUUACAGAAUUGCACAGAAACAAAUCAGGCGGAUCUCUGCUUUGGAGAGGGCUGCAGAACACGCCAAGAAUCGCCACAGCAGCACUAUGGACUCAGAAAGCUCAUUUAAAAUGUCGUUCAAAAGAGAAACCAAAGUUUUAAAAACACUGUCGGUUAUAAUGGGGGUCUUUGUGUGCUGCUGGUUGCCGUUUUUUAUACUGAACUGCAUGGUGCCCUUUUGUGAACAUACUUUGCCAAGUGGAGUUGCAGACUUUCCUUGCAUCAGUUCCACCACCUUUGAUGUAUUUGUCUGGUUUGGAUGGGCUAACUCUUCGCUGAACCCUAUCAUCUAUGCUUUUAAUGCGGAUUUUCGCAAGGCUUUCUCUGUUCUCUUGGGAUGCCACAGGCUGUGCCCCACAAGCAACGUCAUAGAGACUGUGAGCAUUAACAACAAUGGGGCAGCUGUAUCGUCUUUCCAUUAUCAACCAAAAGGGUUCAUCCCUAAAGAAGAAAAUGUGACCUACUUGAUCCCGCACUCCAUUCUUUGCCAGGAAGAUAAAACUGAAGGGAAAGAGGAGGACAAUUCUGGGAUUAAGACCCUGGACAGAUUGUCUCCAGCUGUUUCAGGUACCUUGGACAGUGACAUUGAUGUUUCUUUAGAAAAGAUCAACCCUAUAACUCAAAAUGGACAGCAAAAACAUGAACAAAAUCAACACAGUGCCGUUUGAGACCGCAACACAUUAACAUGGGACAUUAUCUUUAAACAACUUCAACAAUAAAGUCUGAAUGCAGCUAUUGCAUUAAAGCCUAACUGAAGUUUUUAAUUAAGCCCUGAUUUAUAACAAAGACUCUGGAGUACACAGAAUGUUAAAAAAACUACAGCACUUUAUC